UCCCCACUUCUAUUUUUGAGACUGAAACACUAAAUUGCUCUAAAACUACUACCAUGCCUAUAGCUACCUCUACAAAGGCUGCUGCUAGCACUUCAUAUUGUGCAUAUACAUCAACUGAAACAUUUACAACAACUGAAGUAUUAUGUUUACCUUCUUCUUCGUCUCCUUCAAUCACGGUAACCGCCGAUGUGCCUGUUGUUAGUGCCUCUGCAGUAGGUGCUGCUGGUGCUUCAGUAGCAGGACUUGUUAUUGUUGCUCUAGUGCUGAUUGUAGUGUUUUUCUUUGUGAUAUUGCAGUGCAGAAAGAGAGGGAAUAAUGGUCCUAAUAAUAACAACCUUUCUGUUCAAAACCCUAACUACAUUGCAGAAGGACUUCAUGAGCCUCGUGAAUCAAGCACCAUUGCAAGUGUUAAUGUACAAAACAUAUCAUCAAAUCAUUAUGUUACUUAAAUGUCUGUGCAAAUACAUCUGUUACUGUAACUAGUCUUAGUGUUUGUAUGAUAUGCACAUCUUGUCAGUUUCUUAAAAUUAUGUAUUGUAUGUCAUCCUAUGGCUGAGGAUUUUUUUAUCAUUUUAUAAUUACUACUCAAAUAAAGUGCUAAUUUAGACAA